ACCUGGACUCAAGUUACGCACGACAGCUUGGUACCGUUUACAAACCGUGCACCUGCUGUACGUGAUUUCAACUCUCAAGAUGACGCCGACGUUUCAGUUUAAGUCGGCUACGUGAGUUUCGGGUUCUUAUAAAUAUCGGUCUAUGUUAGUGUGUUAAUUCUGUAGCUUGUCUUUUUUUAAUCGACUUGCAAAAUCAUGGACUCCGCUCUAAACUACGGCUGAGUGUACAAGGUGCGCUCAACGUGUUAGAGAAGCGACAGUGUGGGCGCUUAGCAGCACUCGGGAUCCUUGACUAGGUCUGCGAAGACUUCUGCACAAAAGACUUCGCCUGUUCCAGAAUUGUAAAAAAAAAAAAACCCUUGAGAAUGACAUUCGCAGUGGGAGGAAAAAUGGACUGGUUGUGUCAGCGAUGUCAUAGGGAAUCUGUUUCUCAGUCUUUCUUCCGUCCUGGAUUUUUAAUAUGUUUCAUGGGGAUGCUGUUGACUCUGGUGAUGUACCCAGCUUUGAAGACUCUGGGGAUACAGCUACACUCAGCACUAACAGGGAGCUACGUGUCAGGGCACCACUCUGUAGUCCUCAUCAACUGCCCCAAUGAGCAAGCUGCUAAGGACAUUGGCAGAGCCAUAAUGGAGAGGAGACUGGCCGCUUGUGUCAACAUUUUCCCCAAGAGCGUCACCUUGUACUUCUGGAAGGGGGAAAUCCAGGACGCCACAGAAAUCUUGCUGCUAGUGAAGACAAGAACGUCCAAAGUCCAGAAGCUUACAGACUUCGUGAAGUCUCUUCACCCGUACGAUGUUCCUGAGGUACUGAGCUUCCCUGUUGAAGAUGGGAGUCUGCCAUACAUGAAGUGGAUGGAUGAUGCUGUCCCAGACGACUGACUCGUGAACAGUCCUCUGACACAAUAACACACUGGAUUUGGAACACGGCGCUCGGGGUGUGACUGCUC